GAGGAGAAGAAAGCACUCAUCGUAUUUCCCACACCCACAAACAACAAACAAGCAAGAAGCAAGCAAGCAAUAAGUGGGCCAAGCAAGUGAGACGAGCACAACACACAGCAGUGACGAGAGACGAUGGGCGAAGCAAGCGCGCAGGAGCAGCAGCAGCGCACGCUGAAGGAUUUGAAGCGUGCGGCUCGCAAGCUGCGGUUGAACAUGCCAACCAAGGAGAAGAAGGUGAUGGACCGCCCCGCACAGUACUUCUCAGGUGGACGUUUGGUGGACUUCAUCUUGAAGGAGCUUGGUGAUGAAGUGUCGGACCGGGACCAGGCCGUCGCGCUCGCCACACAGCUUCUCCGCAGUCGCUUCUUCUACCGCGCAGAGUUUGCUGAGCGGCGCGUCAAGUCAAAGGACGGCGAGAUCAAGACGAAGAAGAAGCUGCAGCCUGUACAGGACCAGCGGCUGCAACUCGAGUUCCUGGAUGACCCAAAGACGCCGUAUGUGUGGCUCUUCACCGCAUAUUCCAUGAAGCAGUAUCUCCUCAGCCUUGUCGUUCUUGUGGUUGUUGGUCUGUUGACCACCAUCCCCGUGUGGCCGCAAGCCAUCCGCGGUGUUGUGCACGGCAUUGCAUGGUACACCAGCAUGACCCUCCUCAUCCUGCUCCUCACCCUCUUCCUCGUGCGCUACGUGGCACAUCUCGCCGUCUACUACGGCUCCGGCCGCACGCACGACUUCUGGAUCCUCCCAAACAUUAACGACGAGACGAUUGGUGUUCUGGAGUCGUUCAAGCCGCUGUACUCGUACGGGCCCGUCACUGACGACGAUGAGGAGGAUGCCGAUGAUGACAACAAGGGCGAUGGCGCUGGCGAUGGUGAUGAGAAGACGAAGAAAAACAACAACAGCAGCAGUGCGGAGGGUGAAGGCGAGCCCAAGCCUGCACCAGCGAAGAAGGAAGACUGAGGAACGAAUGAAAGGAGGAGAAGCAGGGAUCGUUAAUUGAAAAGCCAGCAGCGACAAGAGGCUGUUGUUGCUGUUGCUACUACUGCUGUUGCUACUGCUGCUGU